UUUCUUUGCCAUGGCUCGAUCAGCAAGAGACUCGUUGGCCGCUUCACUUUCCUCGUCAGGUCGCGCUUUCAAGGCGUCGUCGGCUCGAUGACGUCGUCCAUCCACUGGGACAGACUCCUCCCUAGCUCGAAUCCAGAGUACGAGCACUAUCGGUUCGCAAGCAGACGCUCAGUCGUCUUUGGCUCGCGAGGUAUCGUUGCCUGUACCCAACCUGCAGCAACUCAAGCCGGUCUCGACAUCCUCUCAAAGGGAGGCAAUGCAGUCGAUGCUGCCAUUGCUUGCGCAGCCGCGCUCAAUGUGACAGAACCAUGCAAUAAUGGCAUUGGCGGGGACGUCUUUGCGUUGUACUGGGAUCCUCAAAAGCGCAAAGUGCUCGCGCUCAAUGGCUCGGGACGUUCGCCCGCUGCACUCUCACUUACCAAAGCCCGUGAGCUGGGUAUAAAGCAGCGAGAGAUACCUCUGGGCAAUAUCAAUGCCGUGACGGUGCCGGGCGCUGCCGCUGCUUGGACGGAUGCCCAUCGCGAAUGGGGAAGCGGCAAGGUCAGUAUGAGUGACAUACUCUCGCCGGCCAUCCAGCUAGCAGAGAACGGAUUCCCCGUUGCCGAGCUCACUUCUGCAAUGUGGCAAAAAUCACAAAAGCUAUUGCUUAAGGCGAGCGCCAACGGUGGCGAGCUGCUCAUGCCAGACAAGACCGCGCCUCGGCCCGGACAGGUCUUUCGGAACCCUACGCUUGCACGUACAUUUCGCACGUUGGCAGAAGAAGGACGGGAUGGGUUCUACAAGGGCAGGAUCGCCCAAGGCAUUGUUGAUGUGAUCUCAGCCAAUGGCGGCGUGAUGACACUCGACGAUCUAGCGAGACACGAGUCUACCUUUAUCGAGCCUAUUGGCUAUACUUAUGGGGAGAAGUACCGACUACACGAGUGCCCACCGAACGGACAAGGGCUCACCGCCCUCAUUGCGCUCGGUAUUCUGGAUGCAAUGCACGAAGCUGGCAAGAUCGACCUCAGCUCGGUCGAACACAACUCUACAGAGUAUUUACACGCCAUUCUCGAAGCUAUGCGGUAUGCCUUUGCAGACACGAGGGCUUAUCUGGGCGACCCAGAACAUUCUCGCAUACCUGUGCAGGAGUUGCUCGAUCCAGCGUACUUGCGCUCGAGAGCAGCCAUGUUUGAUCCACGCAGAGCGAAAGCAGAUGUCAAGAAGGGCUCGCCGCCCAAUGCAAGUCACACUGUCUACCUAUCAGUAUCAGACUCGUUUGGCGGCGCAUGCUCUUUCAUCCAAUCGAAUUAUGCCGGGUUCGGUCAAGGCGCCGUACCUGCAGGCUGUGGAUUCAGUCUGCAGAACCGUGGCUCUGGCUUUGUGCUCGACGAGUCCCAUCCCAACUGUCUUGCAGGCAAUAAGAGGCCGUAUCAUACCAUCAUGCCCUCGAUGCUCACUGUGGAUGACGAGCUCAUGCUAUCCUUUGGCGUCAUGGGCGGUUUUGCGCAACCGCAAUGCACAGUACAAGUCAUGCUCAACAUGCUCCAUCACGGUCUGCAUCCCCAAUCUGCUCUAGACGCUCCCAGGGCGGUCAUCUCGCCUUCCAUGCCAGACGCAACGGACAACCAGGAAGAUUCGGGUAACUUCAAUGGUCAGAUCUUCCUCGAAGACGGUAUUUCGGCAGACACCGUCAAAGGGCUCAGGAAGAAAGGUCACGAUGUCCAGGUUGUCUCGGGGGCCAAUCGAGGCAUGUUCGGAAGAGGACAGAUCGUGCAGAAGCUACCCGGGAAGGAGCUCAUAUGGGCUGCCGGCUCUGACCCUCGCGGUGAUGGCCAUGCUGCGCCUGCUCUGUAGCUUGCAUGCAUCUGCUGGAAUGCAGUCUCGACGCGCGUGGCUAGCUGAAGUGCUGGCUGGCUCCCGCGUUCGCGCACAGUAAUCGUCGCUUCAGUGCGAAUCGGUUCAGCCUAUUAGGC